AUGUGUGUUCCUCUGCUGCUACUUGUGAUGUUGCUGGCUGCUCUCUCCACACGUUCACUCGCGCGCGUUGAGCGUGGUCGUGGUCGUGGUCGUGGUCGUGCUCGAAGGCUGGACAAUGAAGUAUGCUUGCGAAGAAUGUGUCCAACCUGCUUGCGCCGCGCAUCCCACAGUCGCAGAUCUGGCUCCUCUGUGGUCUUUGAGUGA